AUGUCGGACCAAUACGCCCUUGCCGUUGCCCGCAUCGUCGUGGCCAAGCUGGCAGAUGGAUCUGGGUUCGAUGCCCUCCAGACCUCCUCAGCAUCCAUCCUGUCGGAGCUGCUGGUGCGGUACAUGGAGGAGGUGGGGGUCAGCUCUCAUGCCUACACAGAGCUGGCUGGCCGCACCGAGCCCAGCGCCAUGGACGUUCUCUUUGCCCUGAACGACAUGGGGGUCUCCGUCACCGAGCUCAAGGAGUUCAAGCAGUCUCAGCCCAAGGGUUCUGCCUUCCCUGCCCCCAUCAUCCCCUUCCCGGCCCCGCCCGCCCACAUCCCCGACUUCCUCCCCGCCUUCCCGGACCGGCACACGUACUGCGAGACGCACGAGCUCCCCCUGCCCGACGCGGACCCCGCGGCGCGCCAUCUGGCAGGCAUGGAGGCGCAGCAGGCGGCCGAGCAGGCGCUGGUGAAGCUGCACGCGCGCGCCGCGCCGCAGGACCCCGUGCUGGCAUCGGCGCUGCCGUCCAAAGAGGAGGGGCCUGCUGCGGCGGCGGAGGGCGGCGCACGUGCGCACCCCGACCCCGCCGUGCCAGAGCUGGACCCCUGGUCCGCCCCGCCGCUGCCGGACGACGUCGGGCCGCCCACGCCACCCUUUCCUGGCGGCACACCGGCCGAGGAAGGGGCGACGGUGGAGGAUGCGGCGGACGCGGACAUGCCGGACGCCAAGCCGGAGCCAUUGCGAGACCCGGAGGUGGCGGCCGCGCUGGGCGCCACGCUGGCCCCCGCCUUCCAGCCCUGGGACUGGCAGGCGCGGCUGUUGGCCCUGGCCACCCAGGCACAGAGCCAAGCGCCGGAGGAGGACGCAUUUGCCGCGACGGCGCCCGGCGCCAUGCUGUCCACCAAGCACGGGCGCCACGCCAAGCGCUCGGCGCGCGCGCUGGAGGCGAGCUACGUGCCCGCGGACCCCACCCGGCAGCGGGUGGAGGAGAUCAUCGCGGUGUCGGGGCUCGCGGGGGGUCCAAAGCGGGGCUGGCAGACGGGCACGCAGGGAGGUUGGGUUUGGCGGGCCGCAGCGCAAAACACACGUCGCUCGGCGGGUGGCCCCUCCCUCUGA